CUUAUUCUCCGAGCUAUAUUUCUUCCAUCCUCCAUUCUUGCUUCCCCUGUACAUUCUAUCACCUCUCCCCUUUCCGACAUACAACCACAAUGGCCGCCCCCCGCCGCAACGCAUCAGGCAUCGUCCUCGAUCCGGGCACCUCCCAACGAGUCAUCCCCCAGUCCAGGCGCCCCGAUGGAACCUUAAGGAAAGAACAGAAAGUGCGGCCUGGCUGGACACCGCAAGAAGACGUUGGCAUUUUCCGUUCCGCCCGCAGAGCUGCUAGAGAUCCCAGCUACGCCUCUGCCAAUCCCCAGCUCCAUAUCCGCGCAUCCAUCCCCGGGUCACGCCCACCUCCCUCCCGCACACAGACUCCUACGCUAGCAGGCAAGGACACAGACGAAGACGAUUUGAUCAAAGCCAUGUCGAACGUCAAAUUGGAUCAAGGAGGAAAAAAGGAGCAAUUCAAGACGAGUGAAGAAAUGUUCCCGCCUCUGAGAGGGACUGGAGCGCCGAUAGACCCGGUCAAGAAGGAGAACAAGACGGAGAAUGGGUCACCGUCGACUAUUGCUGCCAUCGAGCCCACUCCUCCUGGGCCGUCGAAACCUAGUGACCCAGCGCCCAUCACCUCUCAAAAACCCGACAUCAAGUCACCAUCUCCGCUUGCGACCAAUCAUUCCUCUCCCAGCGACAACAAGGGGAGUCCGUCCGUCAUUACCGAUCGCGCAGCGGAAGUGAGGCGUCCUAGUCCCAGUCAAUGGCCACAACGCGUUAGCUGGCAGGCCAACGGACAGGUUCCUCGUGGUAACCAGGACCAGGCCAGAAGUGGUUUAGGGGCUGCAUCGGGGUCAUGGCGCUCGAAUUGGCGCCCUUCUCCUCCUGCUCAGCAGCCUGCAGCAGGACAGAGUGGAAAGGACACUGCCGCGCAGGGUGAUGGAUGGGGCGAGGCAAAGGAAGAUAAGGCUGAGAGGAAGGCAGGAGGUAGUCUGGUUGAGGAUAUCAAGAAGCUGGCAUAAGAGGGGCAGCAGUGCGUGGUAUGUAGUUGCUCAAAGGUGUCAAGCUGACUUUAAUGCAGAGAAGAACCCCUUCUUUCACUGUGGUUGGCAUCUUCAACCAUAUGUGAAGCCAUUGAGAAUUGUAGUGGUCUUUCUGAACAUGUUUUUUGUACCAAUAUCAAUCUACAUCUGUCCACUGUUCUCCAUCGUAUAAUUAGAUGCACAA